ACAGUGACAGCAUUUGUUUUCUUUCAGAUUCCAACUUCCUGAAACCAAGGCUGUUUAUGAGAAACAGUAUAUUUCGGAGACAUUGUACUGGAAUUAAUUCUUUCCAGAGUCAGAUUUGCUGGAUCUUAAAGUGUUUUUCCUCUUCUUCGAGAUAAAAGGCCUCCGGGAAUCACCAUUCUACUUUCUGUGCCUAUGAAUUUGAUUACUUUGGAUCCCUCAUGUACCUCAGCCUUCAAGGGUCUCCUUUAUUGAGAAUCGAUGUCUUCUCCUAGGUAAUUGAUCACCAUAGACCCAGGGACACUCGAUUCAUCGUCCAGGGAGGGUAAUCAUCAUGAAUAAUCAAAAAGCUGUAGCUGCACUACUGCAAGAGUGCAAGCAAGUGCUGGACCAGAUCUUGUUGGAGGCGCCAGAUGUGUCAGAGGAAGACAAGAGCGAGGACCAGCGCUGCAGAGCUUCACUCCCCAGCGAGUUAAGGACCCUGAUCCAGGAGGCGAAGGAAAUGAAGUGGCCCUUCGUGCCUGAAAAGUGGCAGUACAAACAAGCCAUGAGCCCAGAGGACAAAACAAACCUGCAGGAUGUGAUUGGCGCCGGGUUGCAGCAGUUACUGGUGUCCUUGCGAGCCUCCAUCGUCGCUCAGGACUGUGCCGCCGCGGCCGCUCUGGUCUUCUUGAUGGACCGCUUCCUGUACGGGCUAGACGUCUCCGGGAAGCUCCUGCAGGUGGCCAAAGGUCUCCACAAGUUGCAACCAGGGACGCCAAUCGCCCCGCAGGUGGUUAUCCGUCAAGCCCGGAUCUCGGUCAACUCAGGGAAACUUUUAAAAGCAGAGUAUAUCCUGAGCAGUCUAAUAAGCAACAAUGGAGCAACAGGUACCUGGAUAUACAGAAAUGAAAGUGAUAAGAUCCUGGUACAGUCAGUCUGUAUACAGAUCAGAGGACAAAUUCUGCAAAAACUAGGCAUGUGGUAUGAAGCAGCAGAGCUAAUAUGGGCCUCCAUCGUAGGAUAUGUGACACUUCCUCAGCCAGAUAAGAAGGGCAUUUCCACAUCACUUGGAAUACUGGCAGACAUCUUUGUUUCCAUGAGCAGAAAAGAUUAUGAAAAGUUUAAAAACAAUCCACAGAUUAACUUGGGCUUGCUCAAGGAGUUUGACCACCAUUUGUUGUCAGCUGCGGAAGCCUGCAAACUGGCAGCUGCCUUCAGUGCCUACACACCCCUGUUCGUGCUCACAGCUGUGAAUAUCCGUGGCACAUGCUUAUUAUCAUAUACUAGUUCUAAUGACUGUCCUCCAGGAAUGAAAAACUUGUAUCUGUGUGAAGCCAAAGAGGCCUUUGAGAUCGGCCUUCUCACCAAGAGAGAUGAUCAGGUAGUCACCGGAAAACAGGAACUUCAUAGCUUCAUCAAAGCCGCCUUCGGUCUCACCACAGUGCACCGGAGAAUCCACGGAGAGACGCACGCAGUCUGUGCCGCGAGUCAGCUCUGUAAUGAAGCCAUGAAGAAGCUGUACACUUUCAGUACUUCCUCCAGAAGUCAGGACAGAGAAUCUCUGUCUCGAGAGAUCAUGUCUGUUAUCAGCCAGGUGAAGGAUCAUUUACAGGUCCAAAGCUUCUCAAAUUUAGAUGACAGAUCUUAUGUCCCAGAGAGUUUCAAGUACGGAUUGAAUAAACCUAUCUUGCAUGGACAAGUGGAUUUCCAUAAAAUCCUUGAAACCUAUUCACAGCACCACACCUCCGUGUGUGAGGUUUUUGAAAACAUUUGUGGAAACAACAAAAAUAAACAAAAAGACAUAAAAACAGGAGUCUGUAUCACUACUUUAAAAACAGAAACAAAAACCACAGAUACUAUGACUGCUACUCAAGACAAACCACGCUCACAAAAAGGCAAGGGUCCAGAGAUACUCAGAAGGAUAGGAAGGAGAAACUGGACCCAUUCUGAGGCAUUCCAAGUCUCCCUGGAUCAAGAUGUGGAGACUGAGACUGAACCGCCUGACCACAGCAAUGUGGGGGGAGAUGUCUGCAACAAGUCUCUGAGCAACAGCCAGAGCUCCAGUACUUGGAGCAAGUUAUCAGGGCUUAGUUCUUCUUCAAGCUGGGAGGAAGUGAAUUAUCCUAUCGAUGACAGAUCAGCUAGAAAAGAAUCUAGCAAAGAAAAACAUCUUGUGGACACCCAGUGUUCCACUGCCCCGUCUGAGGAGCUGGAGAAUGGCAGGGAUCACAGAGCUGUGCAGUCAUUGUCUUCAGAGCUUCACAAUGUUUCUCUCCAAAUAUCCCCAGAUGACAGUUUAAAGCCUUCUCAGGGUCAACCACACAAACGCAUGCCCUUAACAACCUUCUGUCCUCACAACACAACCAACACGUGCUUGGUCUCUGAAGCAGGGCUAUCAGAAGAAGUUCCAGAAGUUGUCCAGGAAGUCCAACUUGUAGGACCUGGCAAUACUUCUGCUCACUUCCAAUCCUCAUGUAGUUCUGCUUCUUGGUCUUCUGAUUCUGGUAGGUUCAAGCACAUGGCCUCAUGUCCUUCAGUCCAAGAAGAAGAAGACUUUGAAAUAAUUGAUGAUUUUCCAGAAACCAACUGUGACGUUGAAGACAGACAUGGGGAAGAAAAGGGAAAAGAACUCAAUGAAAAAUAUGUGGGCCCUGUAUUUAAAGAGAGCUUCUUCUGGGUGGACCCAGAAGGAGAAACAGAGGAAAGCACAAAAGAUAUGCCUUUAGACUCUCGUGUAGUCGUGGGCAGUUCUCAGGGCCACAGUUCCAUGUUAGCAUGUAGCUCUUUCACUUAUCAGCCUGAUCAACAUCCUGACUCAGAGAAGGCGGGUGGUGGCUCAGUCAGGAAGCAGGGCAUUGACCCUGAUGCCCCUACAGAAGAUGAGGAGGGCCACCUCUUUGACAGCACAGAUGUCUGCUCCUCAGGUGGACAUGACUCUCCUAGACUGUGCACCAUGGGACAGCCACCUGGUCAGAAGACUGAGACCCCCAGUUCCUCUGUUAACAGUAACAUUCCCUUUCCUGUGCUCAGCGAGGAUGGUGCCACCACAGAAGAAGGAAAUGAACCCGGACACAUGCUAAACUGCAGCCAGAGCUCCAGCUCAUCCCUUUCAUGGUGGUUGAAGUCACCUACAUUUUCCAGUGGUUCUUCUGAGGGGGAAAGCUUAUGGUCUUCUCUGAAUUCCAGUGGAAGUUCUUCUUCUGUCUCAUCGCUAGGAAAAAUGAGGAAAGAAGUCCUUGAGGCUCGUACCCUGCAGCCCGAUGACUUGGACAAACUCUUGGCAGGAGUGAGGCAUGAUUGGCUGUUUCAGAGACUGGAAAAUACAGGCGUUUUUAAGCCCAGUCAACUCCAACGAGCUCACAAUGCUCUUUUGUUAAAAUAUUCCAAGAAGUCUGAACUGUGGACAGCCCAGGAAACUGCUGUGUAUUUCGGAGAUUACCUAAAUGUGAAGAAGAAAGGCAAGCAAAGAAAUGCCUUUUGGGUUCAUUAUCUCCAUCAGGAAGAAACUCUGGGAAGGUGACCAAAGCAACGGGUGAGUCCUGACCGGCCCUCACAAGCCCCGUCUCAGUCCCGUUGCCACUGCCCACGAAGGCUCGGUUGGUGUUUACCUCCACAGUACUCAGCAGGACCCGGACCGAGAAGCAGUUUCCGUGGGCUCCUUAGCCCUGGGCCAGAGCAGUUCCUGGAGCUGGAACUCGGCCGCUCUGUGCUCGGUGCAAGCUCUGAUAAGAGCAGGCUCCAAGAAGCAGUUUCCGCGGGCUAUUUAGCACUGAGCCUGCGUAAUUUGUCUGCGAGCCGCAGGCGAAUGGCAGCCUGAAAUUACCUGUUCUGUGGCUGAAUGAGCUGCGAUCAGUCGAAAACAGGGAUGGUGACAUCAGCUCUCCAAGAUGGUGGCCGCUGGCUUCCUCUGUGGUCUGACCGGUGUGGAGAACCGAAUUGGACCGCUUCCUUCCCCCGUCUCAAACCCAGAAUUCAGCACUGAGUACGGUGCUUGCACAGCUGGCAGAAGCCCACAGAAACUGCAGCGCUGUAUCCCUGUGUCGCUAUCUCCUGGUUUCCCAGCACGUGCCGCAGACUCUAGCCGCGGGGCGAUUUGCUGAACAAGCAGGGUGACCCUACGUGCGGACAAAUCUCUCGCAUUUGAGCCCCCGUAGCCGAUCCUCGUGCGAUGGAAAUCCUUCCUCCAGGUUCCGGAGCACCCCACUUUUGCUGGAAAUUCCUAACAAGAUAGCCUUUAGCCGUCCUUACUCGUCAUUCUCCCGCACAGUGACACGGCACUCGGGGGCAAUGCACUCCCCUCACCGCCAUCUUCCGCCAAUUCCAUUCAUGAGAUUUUUGAAAGGGCUGGGAAAAUGGCCAAAAUGUAUGUUUUCAGAUUUCUACCCUUUUCUCUUUUUAUCACUAGUUAGUUAAUGGCAGCUACCAUUAUUGAAGAUCAUGUUAUAUCAGCCAUUUUGCUGGAUGUCUUAUAUUCAUCAUCUCAAAUUCACUGGGAAACAUUUUUAGGCCCACUGUGCAGAUAAGAAAAAUGGAGUUCCUGGUCAUAUGGUAGGCCAGAGAGCCUUACUCACUAAAAAUGCUGGCAAAAAUGGGAGUUCAUAACCCACUUGAAUCUAAUAUAUGCAAUAUGAUAUGUCAAGAGCUUUGUAAUGUUUUGAACAACCAAUAAAAAAAAUGCUGGCAAAGAGGCUAAACUGUGGAAACCACACUUUUAAAUAAGUAGGUGAGUCUACAGAAAGAAAAAAAAAAGGUAGGAAGAUUCUCUAUCCUCUGGCCAGGAAAGAAG